AUGGCUAUGAAAAGGAUCAACAAGGAGCUCGCCGACCUCGGCCGCGACCCUCCCUCCUCUUGCAGCGCCGGUCCUACCGGUGACAACAUGUUCCAGUGGCAAGCGACAAUCAUGGGUCCCGGUGACUCGCCCUAUGCCGGCGGUGUCUUCUUCCUCUCCAUCACCUUCCCGACCGACUACCCCUUCAAGCCACCCAAGGUUUCGUUCUCCACCAAGAUCUACCACCCCAACAUCAACAGCAACGGCAGCAUCUGUCUCGACAUUCUCAGGGACCAGUGGAGUCCAGCGCUCACCAUCUCCAAGGUGCUGCUCUCCAUCUGCUCCAUGCUCACGGACCCAAAUCCCGAUGACCCGCUCGUACCCGAGAUUGCCAACUUGUACAAGACCGACCGUCAACGAUACGAGAGCACGGCUCGCGAGUGGACCCGAAAAUACGCUAUGUAA